CUUCGCAGCCAACAUUGACCUCGUGGGCGUCAUCUCAGCCAGGUUUCAAAUAUAGCCUGCGACGCCGGUGCCUAAGCAGUUCUUUUUGGAUCCACAGCUCAUGCACAUGAUAUGGAAAUCCCCUGAUUUGCUGCAUAUUGUUAUCGCCAUCAGAUACCAUGUCCGUAUCCUCUACCACAGACCCGCUCGAUGGCAUUACGGGGGAGCUUGCAAGCAACGGCGAUGCGUUCAAGCUGGUUUUAUUGUUCUUUAUGGCCAUCUCUUGCUACAAUGUGGCUGAGCUAGUGGUUCUUGUCUUAUCAACCUUCCGACGCUGGAAAGGCUUGUACUUUUGGAGCCUGCUUUUAUCCGGCUGCGCAGGCGUGGUGCCAUACACCUUGGGCUUUAUUUUGAAAUUCUUCACCAAAGCCAACUCGACUCUCUCGGUGACCAUCCUCACCAUCGGUUGGUGGAUUAUGGUCACGGGUCAAGCGAUAGUCCUUUACUCACGACUCCACUUAGUGAUUUGCGAUGAUCGCAUCCUCCGGAGAGUGCUCUACAUGAUUGUCGCGAACGUUUUCCUUCUCCAUGUCCCAACGACCAUCCUCACGUACGGGUCCAAUGUCGUCCACAGAAAGGCAGCCUAUGUGAUUGGAUACAAUAUCAUGGAGAAGGUUCAGAUGACGGGUUUCACUAUCCAGGAGAUUGUGCUUUCCGGACUAUAUGUGUGGGAAACUGUGAAGCUGCUCCAGCUGUGCUUUGUCCGGGAGAAUCAGAGAAUCAUGCGUCAAUUGGUUUGGAUCAAUCUCGCCAUGCUCGUUAUGGAUUUGCUAUUGCUGGGUCUCGAAUAUGCCAGCUACUAUGCUGUGCAGAUCACUCUCAAGGGAGCGAUAUACAGCAUUAAACUGAAGUUGGAGUUUGCGGUGCUGGGCCGACUCGUCGCCGUGGUCCAGAAUCGACGACCAAUCUCGAUCGACGGGGAUAUUGCCCUCGGUUCUUUUGACCAUGGAGCUGCCAGUGGCCCUGAUCGAAGUAUAGGAUCUGCUGGAGAGAGUGUGUCUAGCCGAACACCGUGUUACCUUUCAGCCGCUAGGUUUGCAAGUCAGACGCAUAGGGAUAUCCACGUGGGGAAUGGAAAAAUUGUGACAAUGACGGAGCUAUCAGCUUGGGUCGAUCGGCCGAAUGAUGACCACUGCUGACCUUUCGAAUUUGGAAUCUUGUCUCAUCUAUUAUUCGACGGGUAGUUAUUGACUGGCGCGACAACAUUGAGGAUGGGAACAUCGGGCUCAUUGAGCCAAAUCCAAAGCGUCGGGUAUAGAUACAAUCACCCUAAUGGGUCGACUACUAUUCCUUUUCUGUCAAUCCGACUUCUCAUCUUCCAUCUACCCAAGCUCCACCUCUGAUUCAUCCUCAUCUUGACUGUCCGCGAUCUCCUCUGCCUUUCGUUUUCGUUGGCUUGCAGUCCCUGCAUCACUUUGAACCUGAGCUUG